AUUAAAACAGAAGACCUCAGUGACUCUUUGCAAACGUCCCUCUCCUCCAGAUCAAGUCACCUAGCCCAGGGGGCUUCCAUGAUGCCUGGAGGACAAAUUUCUGGGAAUGUGAACUCUCUUCAUACUUUGCAGCAACUCGUGCAAGUUCCAGGACCUAUGCAGUCUGUCCCCCUGUUCCUGCUUUCUCAAGGCCCAGCAGGACAACAAGCUCUGCAGUCAAACCUUCUCUCCUUUCCUCAACAACAAAGUGGACUUCUGCUCCCACAGCAUGGACACAGCUUAGCAUCUCAGGCAGUGGGACGUCCUGGACACCCUGGGACAUCGUUGGAGCCUCACCUUGAGGCCCCUCAGCAUUUACAAGUUGCCAAACACUUGCCGUCCUCCAUGGCAACAGAUGAGGCCAACGAUUUGGAAGAGCUGGAAAAAUUUGCCAAGACUUUCAAGCAGAGGCGCAUCAAACUGGGGUUUACGCAGGGCGAUGUAGGUCUGGCUAUGGGGAAGCUCUACGGAAAUGACUUCAGCCAGACCACCAUUUCCCGCUUUGAAGCUCUCAAUCUGAGCUUCAAGAACAUGUGCAAGUUAAAACCACUCCUGGAGAAGUGGCUGAGUGAUGCAGAAUCGUCCCCCUUGGACUCAUCCGUGAGCAGCCCAAGUUCUUACCCCUCCGUGAGUGAGAUGUUUGGACGCAAGAGGAAGAAACGAACCAGCAUUGAGACCAACAUCCGCUCCACGCUGGAGAAGCGGUUCCAAGACAACCCCAAGCCCAGCUCAGAGGAAAUAGCCCUGAUUGCAGAACAGUUGUCCAUGGAAAAGGAAGUGGUCCGAGUUUGGUUCUGCAACCGAAGGCAGAAGGAAAAACGUAUCAGCUGUCCAACGCCCUCUCCCAUAAAAUCACCGCUCUACAACUCCAGACUGGUUUCUACCUCAGGAUCUUUGGGUCCCCUUUCUGCCCACAGUUCCAUGCAUGGUGCAGUGUCUUCUUCCUGCUCUCCUGGCCAUGCCAGCCGGUCUUCAUCCCCUGGCACAGGACUUCACAUCAACACUCCCGGCAUGCCUCAAAGCAACUCUAAAGUAGCCAUCAACUCAUCCAAUUUCAACUCCUCUGGACCAUGGUACCGAUGGAACCAGCCUACUUACCUCCAUUAAAGCAUCAUUUUGGAAGAGCAUCCACAACUACCCGUCUUUCCUCUGUUUAAAAAAAAAAAAGUAGGGGAGCCUUCACAGCUUUCGGUGAACCACUUCUCCAGGAAGUGUUUUCUCAGGCAAAUGUUUGGCACAUUGGCACAGAUGACUUUUGGCAAGGGCGAAUCUCCCGUUGAUUGAUGUAAACCGAACUGUCAAAGAGACUCGAGCUACAAUUGGUCCCUCUCUCACUGAGAGGGGGGUGUGGUGUACACGCAUCCUCUGUCAGCCCACCAGCUUGCCAACCUCAAGGGCAUUUUUCUUGGGAUGCAUCUGCAGAAAAGCUUCCACUUCUAGAUCUAAACCUGCCCUUGAGGAUUUUCUAAUCUGAGCCAAGGUUGCCCAAUUUAUUUCAUUUAAGGAUGGAAUGUGGAUGGUCCUCUUAACUGCCCUCUUCCAGAACAAGGUGAUGGCACUUUGUCAGUGAGAGGUGAAUCUAAUGGUAUCUACUCAAUGUUUUGAAGUGCAUUUUUUUAGGAAGGGGGGAAGGGGGUUCUAGGUGCAUAGCAGAUUUUGGUCCUCAGACACGUCAGGGUGAGAAUCUGUAGCCAAGGGAGGCUGAGAAGCAAUAUGGCUGUCAAAUUGACGUGCAUCUAAUGGUUCAAAAGGGAUAGUGGGUUGACCUGGCGCAUCUCAAAUUCCUGCAGUGCAGAAAUGUGGAGAUUUUAGCCCAAAAGCAUUUGCUCUUCUAAUGUUUGGGAGGUGGUGUUGUAGAAUAAGCUGUACUCUGUGUGUAUAUGUCUUACACAAACAUAACGUCUUCCACCUCGCUUCUCAGCAAACCAGUUAUGCAGUUUUUCAUGCACAGUGAUUCAAACUCAAUCCGGAAAACUUAGAACUGGCAUCAGGGGUUCACCAGGACCCUGGGCACGAGGAAGUAAUGCAUUUCCUCUCCAUAAGCUCCAUAUCCUGAGCACUUUUGAAGCUAUUUUUAAAAGCUUUAAAAAUAUUUGUUUUACGCAUGGGAAGGGAUGGACGUUUAUCCAUUUAUCUAGUCAUGUAGACAAUUUCCUUCCUUCCUGUGCCUGGUUUUCUUGUCUUUUUUUCUUUUAGUACAACAUUUCUGGGAGAAGAUGCAGUUGACUGGACCAUAAAAGAUGUGCCCAUUGGUCCAGUCAAUUUCACCUCUCCCUUCAUCAGGGACAGGAACCGAACAGCUUUUCUUCUCCAGGGUCUGGCUUCAUUCAGGGACACAACUCUCUGCUCCAGCUUGGUUCCUCCACUUUCCAAGCUUGCAACGCUACAUGGCUGAAGGGAAGGUGAGGAAGAAGAAUGGUGAAGCCAGCCAGGAGGGCUCUGGAGGAUCUCCCUGGGAUACGCAUUGUUUUCCUUUAGAGUAAGAUGCUGCUUGUGAAUCCCAAGUGAGAUCAUGAAGACUGGAAAAGAUGUGGGGAAGCUGCAGGGAGGUGGGGGGAAGGGGAAGAGGAAGAGGAAGGAGAGGGGGAACAUGAAUCUUGUAAAAAUAGCCCAAGCAGUGGCUUAUCUUCAUGUCUCCUGUAGCUGCUAUUCAUUCAAACUUUGUGCACGUGCCCCCACCCACCCCAGUACCAGCCCACCAGGAGGUUGCUAUAGACAAGCCUUCUCUAACUCCGCACCUUUGAAAUAUCCUGGCAUCGCUGUUUCUGGAAAGUCGGUGUGGAUCUUGGCUCAACUGCAGGGCAGUUGCCAGGAGAAAGAUGGUACCCACUCAUGCCACAGAAUGUCUUGCUUGCCUUGAAGAAGUAAACCUGAGU